CUCACUAACCAAACAAAAAUAAACAAAUCUCUCUCUCUCAUGUAGAAGUCAAAUUCUCAAAAACCCCACUUCACUCUAACGCACAACCAUAACUUAAACUGCUCACUUCCUAUAUAUUCACUCAAACGUCUUCAUUUGUUUCCUAACUCUCUCUCUAUAUUCACAAAAGUUAUAAAACAUGCAGAACCAAUUAAACGCAGCGGACAGGGAUAAACGACAGGCGUUUUGCAUAAACGACAACAUAGACAUCCUCAUAGAGAUUCUGAAGCGCCUCGACGGUGCGUCGCUCGGAAUCGCCGCCUGCGUCUGCCGGCUGUGGAGCGCCGUCGCCCGUAACGAUUCGCUCUGGGAGCACCUCUGCUUCCGCCAGGUGUCAUCUCCGCCGCCCCCGUCCGUACGCACCGUCGUGGUGGCGCUCGGCGGCUACAGGCGGCUCUACAUGGUCUGUGUUCGACCCGUGCUGAGUCGGCUCGGCGGUGACUCGGCCUUGACCCGGCGAGUCUGGACUCGGGACGAGGUCCAGCUCUCACUCUCGCUAUUCUGCGUCGAUUACUACGAGAGACUCGGCAAGCUUGGGGGUGGGGGUGCUGACACAUCAGCAUCGUCGCUCAUGUUCCUCUGCAAGCCGGUGAACGUUUGAUGUGCUGACUUUUUUCGUGUUUGACUGAUGAUUAAGCGUAGCAAUGGUGAUGAUGGAUGGUAUGGUGCGGGUGGUAUUACUAUUAUUAUUAUUAUUAGUCUAGUCUAUACAUCAAAUAGCCUUAAGAACAAAUUUUGAAAAAAAAAAAAAAAACUUUUU